AUGUUCUUUGUGAAUUUUUUAAAAAUUCAAUCAAAAAAAAGGAAACACGAGAACAAAAUGGAUAAUGCACUUUUUUUUUGGUUUAUCGAGUUUUUUUUAAAAAAAAUAUAUAAAAAAUAAAUCAAUUCAUAUAUAAAACCUAGUUAUUUGAAAUAUUUUCAAUAUUUAUUAAACUUUUUAGAUAAUGAUUUUUUUAAUAUAUUAUAAAAUUAUUACUAAAUUUAGUAUAAAUUAAAAAUAACAUUUUUUAUAAUUUCAAUUAUCAAAUUUUUAUUUAUUUUAAAUAAUAAUUAAUAUAUAUUAAAAAUAUCUUAUUUCUUUAUAAAUUAUUAAUAUAAUUUAGUUUUAAAAAAUAUUCCAGAAUAAGGUUUUCUAUCAUAACUAAAUUAUUAACAGCGCCAAUAUUUUUCCUUUAAAAUUCUUAUAUUAAAUUUAUUAGUUUUGAUUUUAUUUAUAAAAAAUAAAUUUAUAAAUUAUAUAAAAAUAAAUUAUUUAUUCUUAUAAAUAAUAAAUGCUUAAUAUAAACGGAAAUUUAGAGUUAGAUUAUUCUCAACCUAUUUUUUAAAAUCAAGUAUUGAUUCGAAAAAAUUUUGGGAAAUUAAAUUGGAAGCCCCUAACAAGACUUUAAUAAGGUAUGGAAAGUUAAUACAAAGUAUAGAAGUUUCAAAUACAAUAAAAUAAAACGAGAAAUAUCAUAAAUCUAUAGAAGAGGCUAAACUUUAUAUAGAAAAAUAAAUAUAGAUUAAAAAAUUAAGAGGUUAUGAUUUAAAAAAAGAGAAUGAUAAUAUUGAAAAAAAGAAAAAUAAUUAAACAGGCAUUUAAAUAAUCAUAAAUAAAGCAGAAUUUAAAGAGGACUAAAUAUAAAAAAACAUAAAUUAUUAAGAAGAUAAAGAGGUUAUAUAUAAAGACAAAUGUUAUUUUGAAGAAACAUCUAAAGCUUGGAAAGCUAAUUUUAUAAUAUUAAAAUUGGAAGGAAAAAACAUAUAAAAAAUUGAAGGGUAAGUAUCGUUGAUAAAGAAAAGUGAAUAAAGUACUAUUGAAUUUCCUUCUGUAAAAAAGGCAGAAAUUGAAUUUAAAAAUUUAAUUGAAGAAUAUACAGUUUUAGGAUGGUCACGAUUUGAUGGAAAGUUAGAAGAAAUAUAAUAAAAAAUAAAAGAAGAACCUUAAAAAAAAUAAUAAUAGUAAUUGUUUGUACCUUAAAAAAAAUAGAAUAAUCAAAAUUAACUUUCAUCAAAAAAUAAUUUAUCAGAUAUGACAGAUAGCGUGCUUUCAAAUGCAAGUGAUGUUGAUUCUUAAUCAUAAAAAAGUAAUUUAAGCGGAAGCAAAUUAGGAGGUAGUGGUACUAUAUAAGGAGUACUUCUUGCAAAUCAAAUGCCAGAUGAUUUCGAUGCUACAGGAUGGAUCGGAAGUGAGAAAAUGGAUGGAGUUAGAGCUAUUUGGACUGGAACUAAUUUCUAUUCAAGAAAUGGGAAUCAAUUUUAUCCACCUAAUUGGUUUAUUAAAGGAUUCCCUAAAUCUACUUUAGAUGGGGAAUUAUUUACAAAAAGAAACGAUUUUUAAUAUUGUGUUUCUAUAGUCAAAAAUUAAAAUAAAAAUAAUGAUAUUAAUAUUUCUAAUAAAUGGAAAGAUAUUAUUUAUUUAGUUUACGAUGCUCCAAAAUUAAAUCUCCCUUUUUCUAAAAGAAUUUAAAUUCUCUAAGAAGAAAUUCCUAAAUUUAAUAAUUAAUACAUAAAAGCUUUGCCUCAUAUUACAAUAGAAAAUUAAGAUCAUUUAGAAGAAUAACUACAAAAAGUGCUUGAUAAAGAAGGAGAGGGGCUAAUGCUUAGAAAUCCAGAUGCCUUCUAUGAAUAAAAAAGGUCUAAUAAUCUAUUAAAAGUCAAAGUCUUUACUGAUGAAGAAGCUAAAGUUUAUGGUAUUUAAAAUGGAACAGGAAGAUGUUAAGGAAUGAUGGGAGCCUUAUUGUGUGAACUUAAAAAUGGGAUAUAAUUUAAAAUUGGAAGUGGUUUUAAUGAUUAAUAAAGAAAAAGACCACCUAAAAUUGGUAGUAUUGUUACUUUUAAAUACUAGAAUUUGUCUAAAAAUGGGAUUCCGAGAUUUCCAAUAUUUUUAAGGAUUAAAAAUGACAAUUUUUGAUUAAAAAUAUAUAUUUUUAAAAAAAUAAAUAUUACAAUUUUAUUUUCAUAUGUUAAAAUCAUAGAAUUAU